AUGGAGUCAACAUUUUUUUCAGAUAUGGCCGAUGAUUUUAAACAACUUUUUGAAACUAUGGAAGAACUUGAAGAUGAUAUCUUACGUUGUUAUAUGGUUCCCGAUGCUAAACCUACUCUUAAUAUGUUUCCAUCUAGAAAAAUAGACCUUGAUACUGAUAAGAAUAAUAUUUCUGGAGCAACUAUCGGUCGUAUUUCUCCAAAUUAUUAUAAUUAUGCUGUAUACUGUCACAGCUCAUAUGGCCCAACAUUUGGAGCAGGUAAUGAUUUGUAUUGUCCCAAUGGUACCAAUAAUUGGAAUUGUAAUCCAAAUAGUUACAAUAAUAUUAGUCUUCCGUCUUCAUUCACUGUAUCUGAUUGGGAGGUUUUUAAAGUAGUGAAGAAAGCUUAA